AUGUGCUCUCUUGUGCUGGCAAUCGCGGCAGCCGUGGCGCCGCAGGGUGACGCCGCUGAGCGCAAUUCGACAACCUCCACCAGCAGCAGCCCCAGCAGCAGCCACGGUCUGCGGGUCGUGUUGGUGCACCCCCAGAUCCCCCAGAACACCGGCAACAUCGCGCGCACUUGCGCCGCCACUGGCGUUGACCUGCACUUGGUGGGGCCGCUCGGAUUUGAAAUCGACGACAAGAAGCUGAAGAGGGCGGGCCUGGAUUACUGGGAGCACGUGCAUGUCGCGACGCACCCUUCAUGGGCUGAGUUUAUGGAGGAUUUUCGACAAGAGGCCGCCCCCAAGCGGCUGGUGGCAUUCACUGUUUACGGCAGCGAUUACUACGCAGGCCCUGAGUUCCAGUACCGCCCAGGCGACUGGCUGCUGUUUGGUGCUGAGACCACCGGGCUCCCGCCAGAGGCGCACGAUGACAUCAUCGCAUCGGGCGGGGCGUUGGUCAAGAUCCCGAUCAGCACGGACCACGUGCGAUCCCUCAACCUAGCGGUGUCUGCCGGCAUUGGCGUGUUCGAGGCGCUGCGGCAGCUUGGCCCCCACCAGGUUUCUCCCAGGGACGACACUGGCCUCCCCCUGGCUGCAGUGCGGCCAACAGUCAUGAUGCGGCAUAAGCAGCAGCAGCAGCAGCAGCAGCAGCAGCAGCAGCAGCAGCAGCAGCAGCAGCAGCAGCAGCAGCAGCAGAGUGCCAGCCCUCAAGGUUGA